UAAAAGUUUACAAAACAAAUUUACCAAAAAUUUAAAAAAUUAAUACAAAAAAUAAGUUAUUAAAAUUAUACAAAUUAAUUUAUAAAAAAAACAUUUUUUUAAUUUUAAUUUUAUAAAAGUGUAAAAAAGAAAGUCCUAAAAUGUGCAUACAAUCGUAGCUUUUUAAUAAAAAAAAAAUAGGGGAGUGAAAAGGAGAGAAAAUUUUUUUUCUUUUUCUUUGGUAGGAAUUUUACAAAUUAAAAUUUUCUUAGUAGUUUUGAAAGUGUAAAAAAAACAUUAAAAUUAAAAAUUUAUAAAAUAAUUUUAGAUAUAUACAUACAUACAUAUAUAUAUAUAAUUAUCUGUGAUAUUGGAUUGAAAUAAAAGAAAAAAAUUGAAAUAUUUAACUGCAAAAAAAAAACAGUUUGUUUAAAAUAAAAUAAAAAAGUUUUAUAAUUAUUACAAAAAAAUUAAAAAGCUGUUAACGACGAUGAGUACUACGAGAGACGAAGAAAGAGAAAAAGAGAUAGCAUAAAGAGAAGGAAGGGGAAAAAAACUACUUGUUUUUUUUUAGUUAAAAAAAAAAAAAACAAUUUACAUUUUGUGCUACAAAAAAGAUUUUUUUGAUCGUGCAAAAAACAGAACUAAAUUUAAUUUUUUAAGUUAUAAACAAAAUUAAAAAAAAUUUCAAAAUUCAAAAUUAAAAAAAAAAGAUUUCCAAAUUUUUUUUGGGACAUUGAAAGUGAAGUUAGAAAAGAAAAAAUAUUUUAUAUAUGAAGUGAGUGAGCGGAGCAGUCGUGUGAAAGUUUGUGGAAGAAGACGCAGAAGGCGAAGGAGAGGAGAGAAAAAGAAAAACACAAAUACAAACAGUUUUAUUGAAUUUUUUCUUUAAUUUCGUUUUGAAUUUUGUUGCUGUGUUGCGUUUCAUUGUUCGUUUUUUUUAUUAUUUUCGAAAAACAACAAUCAAAAUAAUAAAAAAAAUCAAAACAAAAAAAAUUAAGACGAAGAAAAAUGAACUAAAAUAAGAAAAAAAGACUUCAAAUUUUAUUUUUUAUAAAUUUUUUUUUGAAAAAAAAAAUUCAAAAAUUUCAAAAACCUCUAAUCCUUGUUGAUUCAAAAAAACAAAACUAAUAUAAUAAAAAAAGAAAAACAAAAGUGAUAAAGUAAAUAGAUGUUUUCGUGUGCAUUUAACUAUUUUUUCCUAUAUUUUUUAAUUUUCAAUACUUUUAUUUUAAUUGGAAUUCGUGAAAUAUGUUCGAUUAUUUGAAAAAAAGGGGCAAAAAUUUUAAAAAAUAAAAACAUCAAGGAAACCUUCAAAGAUAAAACGAUCAUGCUAAUUAAGAAAAAAAAAAUAAGUAAAUAGGUAUUUAAAGAAAAAUUAAAAUUAAGUAUUAAAAAAAGUAAGAAUAAAUUUGUAACAAAUUUUAAUUAUUGUAAAUUACCUAACAUGCAUAUUAUAUAAUUAUUUAAUAAUUGAAUUGUAAAUAAAAUAAACAUUUUUAGUAUAAUUUAACAAUAAAUUUAAAAAAAUUACACCCAUUAAUAAUUAAAACGAAAUAUUUAUGAAUAUAAAAUAAUGAGAAGGAAAAAAAAUAGAAAAGAGAGGAAUAACAAACUUAAAGAUACUGUUAUAUAAAAUAUAAAAUAAAUAAUUAAUUUACAAUUAAUAAAUUGGGCGUAAUAAAAUUAUUUAUGUCAUAACUCAUUAUAUUUAAUUAUAUGCUAAGAAGUAAUAACUAAUAUAAUUUGAAAUAUAAGCAAAAUAUAUUUUGAAUAGCAUAAGCUUAAUAUUCAUAAUAAAAAUUUCAAAAAUUAAUUAAAAAUAUUAUUAAUGAUUACAACUAAUAAAUAAUAUUUUAAUAAUUAAGACAAUAUGGAUAAUAAUAUAGUAAAUACAAGCAAUGAAAGUGGGGAUUCGUUUAAUACUAUUAUGACUAAAAAUAAUAAUGAUAAUGAUAAUCAUAAUAAUAAUGAUAAUAAUAAUGGUAAUAAUAAUAGUCAUGAUAAUAAUGAAAAAAACAGAAUGCAAAAUUAUUCUCAAAAUUAUAAUAUAAAUAAGACAACAACAAAAACAAUUUUAAAUUCAUCAACAAAUUCAAUACAAUCAUUAUGUUCUUCCACAAAUUCAUCAAUUAUUGAUGACGAAUCAAAUAAUGGUAAUAAUAAUAGCAGUAAUAACAAUGGAAAGAACAAAAAUAAUGUUAAUAAUUGUGGAAAUUCGCGUGAUUUGCACUUAAUAAAUACUCAAAAAAACAACGAUAAUGAAAUCUAUACCGAAGAAGAAUUGGAUUCAAAUAAUUCGAAUGUUAGUCAAACAACAAUGUCACAAACAACGACAAAAGUAUUACGAUAUACACCUUCAACGUUAAAAAAAUUAAGGAAUAAUACUUUAUGCCGUUAUCAGCCAAAAUGUAUAAAUAAUCCUCAUUUAAUGUCAAUUGGUGUAUGGAAAUUAGAUCAUCCAAAUUAUAUGUCACAAAAUUAUCAUAAUAGUAAUAAUAAUUGUAUUGGACGUAAUGAGAAAAAUUUAGUAACGGACAAAGAUAAUAGAGAUGAUCGUAUAUCGUUACGAAAUCAUAAUGAUAGUCGCGUUUUAGGUCAUAGUAGUAGUGGUAGUGGUGGAAAUGGCGGUGGAGGAGGAAGUGCUGGAUUGAGCGGAAGUGGUGGAAGUAGUGGCAUUUCUAAUAAUAACAAUCAUUUAGAUCGUAAUGAAACGUCUUCUAGAAGUCAUAGUAUCAUGCAACAAAAGAGUUUCAAUAUUGAUCACCGUAGCAUGUCAUCAUCACAUUUAAUGCCAGCGUUUAUUAAACGAAAAAUAGUUGUUAACUCUUCACAACCCGAAAGUUCUAAUAAUAUUAUUAACUCUAACUUAUGUAGUAAUAAUACAGAAAAUGGUGGUGGUAAUACAUUAAAGGAAAGUCGAUUACGUAAAGAUUUUGAUGGAAAUAUAAUAUUAUCACCACAACGUCGUAUGGGACCGUCAUCUGGUGGAAGAUCAUCAUCGCCUAAUGUAAAUUCAAUUGAUCGUGAACAUCGUAAUAUGGACAGAGAACGAGGUGAACGGAAUUUAAUUGAUUCACAUCACAAUAUAUCAUCCUCGUCGAAUGUAAGUGCUAGCAUAAGGGGAGAAAGGCGUAUUGGAAGUGGACGUAUACCAUUUUCAAGAGAUUGGGAUUAUAGAUCAAAUGAAAAGGACAAUAGUGGUGAUAAUGAUCAUCGAUCCGAUUAUAGUUGGGAUUCCCAUUAUAGAAGUUCCAACCAAAAUCAAUCUCGUUACGAUAAUCGUAAAAUUGAAACUAAUAACAAUUUAAGUCAAGAUAGUUAUCGUCAAAAUGAACGUUAUGAACGUCGUUCCCAUAGAAAUUCAGAAUAUUAUGAAAACAAAUUAUUGAGCGGAGAUACAAAAAAUCAAUAUACAAAACGUGGCUUAAUGGAUAAUAAUGUUAAACAUUCCACAUCAAACGAAAAACUAACUAUGAGUAAUACUCAAUAUAAUAAUGAAUAUAAUAAUCAUCACAGGCAUUCAAGUUCAAAUAAUUAUCAAAAUCAUAGUAAUAGGAAUCGUAAUUUUGAUAAUCAUUCAAGUUCAAUGAGCGGUAACAAUAUGUCUUCACGUCAUAAUAAUAAUGAAGAGCCUGAAUGGUUUAGUGGUGGUCCAACUUCACAGCAUGAUACUAUAGAAUUACAUGGAUUUGAUGAAGCAAUUGAAAAUGAUACAAAAAUUAAUAACAGUAACAAUAAUGGUAAUACUAAUAGCAAAAAUAUCAAUAAUAAUAAAAACAACAACAAUAAUAAUAAUAGUAGUAAUAACAAUAAUAAUAAUAAUAAUAAUAACAAUAAUAAUGAUAAUAAUAGCAGUAAUAAUAAUAGUAACAAUUGCAACAACAAUAGCAGUAACAAUAACAAUAGUAAAAGUAGUAAUAUAAACAACAGCAACAGUAAUAUAAACAAUAGUAAUGAACGUGAUAAUGUGCAAUCCCAUUUCAAUAAAAACUCUAAAAACUCAAUUUCUGAAUUGAAUCGUAAUAAUAACAGUAGUAAUACUAACAACAUUAAUAACAAUAUCAGUAAUAAUAAUAAUAAUGACGAUAAUAAUAAUAAUGAACAUAACAAGAGUGAGAGUAUUAAAAAUGAUGCUAUGCAAACAACAAUAGCAACUGCUGGUAGUGGUCGCAUACGAAAAAUAUCGCACUCUAUUGCGAAAGAAUAUGGCAUACCGGAGAAUGAAAACUUGAGUAAUAAAUGUAAUGCAACGGGAAACUUAUCAGUUGAUUCAUCGAGUGAUUCGACUAACAAAAAUAAUCUAUCGAAUGACAUUGAUCAAGCAAAAAGAAAAAAUGAAAAUGGUGAAAUCGACGUUGAUACGAAAUGUAUAGAAUUAGGAAAUAUAGUCGAUAAUCAAAAAUUAUUAUUCGAACAAAAAGAUGGCAAAACCGGGAGUACAGAAUUUAAUUUUGAUGUCUUCUUAAAUGUUGAUCCACUAAAUAAUAUAUUAGGUGGAGAAUCAAAACCAAGAUUUAGUCGAUGGUUUAAAUCCGUAGAAAGUGGAGGUUUGAGUAGUAGCCAUUCAUCCUUGCAGGAGGAGUUAAACAAUAUUGUAUCAGAUCCUGUAGAAAAUGAUAAAUAUCUUGUACAAAUGUCACCGUCUGAAAAUUCUCGACAAACGUUACUUCAAUUUCUUCAACGGGGUAAAUUCACUGGAAACAAUACUAAUAACGGUCAACAAAUUAAUAAUUCAAUGUUAAUUAAUGAUCCAAUGCAAAAUCAGAACAGCUUUUUACGUCAAUUGCCAAGUGGUAAUUCCUCUUCUAAUAUUAAUUACAUAACUGGAGUUGAUAGUAAGCAAAAAGCUAUUAGUGUUGAAGAAUUAGAAGCAAGAAUGCGAAAAGGUGGCACACAUUCAAAUCAAUUAGGAAUGGAACAUAAUAGUAUUCAAAUAGAAAAUCGUGGCCAAGAAAAAAUUAGUGGAAUUCAAGGACAGUUGAAUACAAGUUGUGAUUCAUCUGUUGACGUAUUCAAUCAAAUUUUUAAUAACGCAAGCAUAAAUUUUCAAAUAAUUGGUGGCCACGGGCCGAUAUGUCCCCCAGUAUCUCAUCCACCACCAACCGGCUCCUCAUCGUCUUCAAUUUUAUCGUUGCCGUCUCCACCAAACAGUAACGAUAAUAUGAAUUUGUUAAGUGAUCAAAACAAAAGUCAAGAUCCAGAAGCAUUUAAACGAAUAUUAGAACAAAUAGCACCAAAACAUAGUAACAUUAUUGGAGGUAAUAAUACGUUAAGGCAUUCUCAGCAACAGCCACCAAUAGGAACAGUAUCUCAACAACACCAACAACAAUAUUCAAUAACAAAUAAUAAUGAAAUGAUGUCACAACAAAUACUGCACCAACAGGUUGUUAUAAGAAAUCAAGAAGAAAUGAAGCAAAUGUUACUAAAACAACAGCAACAAAAUCAACAGCAACAAAGACAACAACAGUUCUUACAACAGCAACAACAACAACAACAACAACAACAGCAGCAACAACAACAGCAGCAACAACAGCAAGUUAUGAAUAAUAUGCAUAAAUUCAGUCAUCAAUGUACAAGUAAUAUUACAAAUACCAAUAAUAUGACAAAUCGAAGAGAAAUUUUAAAAAGACCUGAUCCUCAAGUUUUGCUUCAAAGUGGAUUACCAUCGCAACGAAUUCCAUCACCACGGGAAAUUCAGUUACAUACACAAAGUAUUAUACAAAAUGCGUUAAUUCGUAAGAAAUUAGAAGAACAACAGGAAAAUUUUCGUAGAAGACAAGAAAUGCAACAACAGCAACAACAGCAACAACAACAGCAAAUGCAACCACAACAGAAACAACAAAUUAAACCACAACCAGUGUCAGAUAUUUUCCUAUCUGAACAACAACAUACAUCUCAAAUGCCAUCUUCGUCCUCAUCAUCAUCAACAACAACAUCUUCAACCACUAUUAAUACGCAACAAAUUCAAUCAAAUUCAUCUACAACGCCAUUACAAGUCAAUUCGCCAACGCCAACAUUAGCUUUUACACCCACGUCGGUUUUGCGUAAAAUGACUGCUGAAAAAGAAUCAACUGGUGGUAAUAACACCAGCACUUUAAUCAAUACUUCCGAAAUAGGUUCAUCACAAACAAAUCGAUCAAAAAUAGUUCAAAAUUUACUUAUGCAAAUUCCCCAAGUACAACAACAUCAACAACAACAGCAGCAGCAACAACAACAACAACAGCAACAACAACACCAACAACAACAACACCAACAACAGCAGCAACAACAACAGCAAUCAAACAAUUCAUCUCCAAAUCAACCGAGAAUGAUUUUAGGUGGUCAGCAACAACAGCAUCAAGUUCAUAGUUUUGUCAAUCAAUCAAAUUCUGCUGGCAUAAUAAGCCCAUUAUCACCUCAAUCUGUUCAUCAAACUAUUCGGAAUCAACAACAAAAUAAAUGGAAUAAUCCCAACUCAAAUUCAGUUUCAUUAACUAAACCAUUAGGAAGGCCAAUUUUAAAAGGUGGUCAAAGUCAACAACAACAGCAACAACAAAUAGCAUCGUCUAUAAAUAUGCCCCCAUCUCAAAUGUCCUUUGCUUCUAAAAUAGAAUUUCAGCAGUUACAUCAACAACAACAACAACAAUUGCAACAACAAAGGAAUAAAACACAUAUGCAACAAUCUCAGCCACAACAACAAUCGCAGCAGCCGCAAAACAUUUUGAAUAUGAAUCAAAUACCGCAACAUCAUUUUCAUCAUCUUCAAGAAAUGUUCCAAAGACAACAACGGGCUUCUGCUGGUAUAAUGCGUGCUCAACAGCAACCGCAACAACCGCAACAGCAACCACAACAACAAAACCAACAGCAAUCUACACAUGUUCAUGUUCCAUUUGGCGGGGGUGGUAAUAUAACUAAUAAUAAUAUUGGCAAUAAAACUCUUCGGCAAUUUUAUCCCCACAUGAUUGUUGGAGGACGCCAAAAUGAUAGUUUUAAUUCCCAAAAUGUAAAUAAUUCCCAACAACAACCACCACAACAGCAACAACAGCAGCAACAAACACAACAACAGCAACAUCAACAACAACAGCAGCAACAAAAACAACAAAAACAGCAACUCCAGCAACAGCAAUCUCAAAAUAAUGUAAAUGCGAUUAAUUUUCAACGAGAUGGUGGUUUGUCACCGACAAGUAAUCAGUUAGCUAGAUGGUUUUCACCAGAACUUUUAGCACGUGCAUCAGCAGGUAAACUUCCUUCAUUAAAUAUGGGUCAAGCAUUAAGUUUAGAAGAAUUCGAAAGAAGUAUUCAGCAUUCUUCAACAACUGUCCUUAAUUAAAUAAAAAAAAAUUUAAUCACAAAAUAGGAAAACAAAAGCUAUAAAUGAUAAUUUGAAUAAAUGAAAUAUUAAUUUUGUCUAUACAUAAAUCUAUGUAUAAUAUAUAUUUAUAUAUAUAUAUAUCAUAUAUAUAUAUCCGUUAUAUA